GGGGGGGGGGGGGGGGGGGGGGAUAAUUGUAUGAAACUGUGAAUCUACUUGCAUCAGAGACCGGAAAGCCGUAAUUUUCCAGGAAAUCGUCGGUGUUAUUUCUGGUUUGCUGAGAAAAUCUCCUGUCGGAGGUGCUUUAUCUGUCCAAACACUUCUUACCCAUCUGGUACAAUAUUCUAGCUUCAGUGACUCCACAAUCAUUGUUGCCUUCCUGACAAACUUUGUCAAGGAAAUGCCAAUCUAUUUCGAUUCAUCUUUUAUCAUCUUCUGAACCCCCCACAACUUCAAAUCAAUGGGCUAUUAAAACCAUGGCGGUUUCGACAUUUAAUUGUUUGUUGUAUGAACCACCCCUUCCCUUCUCCAGACAGAAACAAACAAGUUUAGUCAUACCUCAGAUUGAUCUGUGUUAAGCCCAUGUAAGAAUCCUACAAAACUGCAGGGAAAUUAUAACCAGAAAAAGAAGAUUCCUGGUUUUCUAACAUUUUCCCGGAAAGUUUUCUGUUUGUCUCUCAAAAUUUUCGUGUCGUUUCGUUCCUCUGCCAAGAAUCUUUGACACGAAUCCCACAGCUAGAGUAACGGUCCCAAGCUGUGCAGCGCAGAAGAUUUGUAGUACCAAUCACAACUUUAGGUCCAUCUUGGGCGAGUUUUGCUAUAAAGCUGGGUGUGGUUCCUCGAUUGCAUUGCCAUUCACUGAAGACUAGUACUCAGAGAGUUCUCAUUUUCUUCAAUUUGCUAUCUCAGACUCUGGGAUUCUUGAGAGAUGAAGGAUCAAAAGAAGAUGUGGAGCGUUUUCUCUCUGAAGCAUGUGUUGGUGGUGUCUUUGGCUUUGAAUGUGGGGUUGAUCUUCAGGGUUUUGUACGAAGGAGAAAAGAACCUUUCUGGGUUUUGUUUGGAGAACAAAGAAGCUUUCAUGGCGGAAGCCGAUGCGCAUGUUAGCAAAAAUACAUCUCUGGUGACUUCAACAGCUGCUACUCCUACGGAAGUUCGGGAUGGUGUCAUCGAUCUCGGCCAUGGCGACCCAACAAUGUAUGAGAGGUUUUGGAAGAGGACUGGGGACAAAACAACGGUUGUGAUCUCUGGCUGGCAGUCGAUAAGCUAUUUUUCUGAUGUCGGAAACAUUUGCUGGUUUUUGGAGCCAGAAUUUGCAAAUGUGGUAGUUAGACUACACAGACUGGUUGGCAAUGCCGUUACUGAAGACCGCCACGUGGUGGUUGGGACAGGUUCUUCCCAACUUUUUCUGGCUGUACUGUAUGCACUUUCUCCACCCAACGCAUCUGAGCCCAUGGAUGUUGUAUCUGCUGCCCCAUUCUACUCGUCGUACCCGUUGAUGACCGACUUCCUAAAGUCUGGUCUUUAUAAAUGGGCUGGUGAUGCUCACAAGUAUGGUGAAGAUAGGCCUUACAUCGAGCUUGUGACCUCCCCUAAUAAUCCUGAUGGCUUGAUCAGGCAAGCUGUGGUCAACCGAAGUGAAGGAAUAUUAGUCCACGACCUUGCUUACUACUGGCCGCAGUAUGCUCCAAUUUCUUCCCCUGCAGACCAGGAUAUCAUGCUGUUCACAGUCUCCAAAACCACCGGUCAUGCUGGCAGUCGCAUAGGUUGGGCUCUUGUCAAAGAUGAAGACAUUGCUAAAAAAAUGACUAAAUUCAUAGAGCUCAACACCAUUGGCGUGUCCAAAGAUUCACAGCUCCGAGCAGCAAAAAUUUUACAAGCUGUGGCUGAUAGCUAUGACAAUGUUGGGUGUAACUCUGAAGAAAGUGAAACAUUCUUUGAUUAUGGUUAUAAUGUUAUGAAAAAGAGAUGGAAGCAACUGAGAGAAGCAGUGAAUAAGAGUAGCCUUUUCAGUUUGCCAGACUUUCCUCUUGGGACGUGCACAUUCAGUGGCCGGACUUUCAAAUCACAGCCUGCUUUCGCGUGGCUGAAGUGCGAAGGUGAAAUAGAGGACUGUGAAAACUUCCUUCAAAGCCACAAGGUAGUGAGCAGAGGUGGGAAGCACUUUGGGGAUAGCACAAAAUAUGUGAGAAUUUGCACAUUGUCGAGGGAUGAAACAUUCAAUCUUUUUAUAGAGAGAUUGUCUACAAUCAAAACUAGAAACUCUUACACUAAUUAAAGUGGUUUUAUUGUAGAAGAAGAUGAUAGAUCUCUGGUGAGUCAUACAUGUUUAUCUUUGUGCUAUAUAUCAUCUAUCAGACCACUGCUCCAAAUGACAUGUAUUUUGAUUGUUAUACAUUAUACAUUUUGGCCAUAAAAACAUAUUGUAG